AUGGCUGAAGGAAGCCCACUUCCAUUCCCAUCGCCUUCUGCCAUCCUUGGAGACAAUGCGCCUUCCGACUCGGCCGACCGCGAGCCAGAGCCGCCCAAAAAGCACGUUCGCAAGCAGAGUCGAGAGACCAAAAAGGAGCCCCUCCCGCCCAGAAAGGCGCCCGCUCUCGACGAUCCCAGCAAGGAUGUCAAGCCGAAACAGACCAAAAGCCGCAAUGGCUGCGUUACAUGCAAAUCGAAACGUCUAAAAUGCGGAGAAGAGAAGCCAAACUGUCAGAACUGCAUAAGGAGGGGUGUACAAUGUGGUGGAUACAAGAAGGUAUUCCAGUGGAGAGAGUUCACGGAUCCCACAAAACCAGCCCUCGACCGACAGAAGUCAGGUCAGCCGCGUGCCUCACCACCGCAGGCUCCGGCUGGCUUGAGUCGGCCAUCCACAGCAACAUCGAGCGGACGUCCACCUACGAGACAGGCAUCGGCCGACUCUCCUGCAUCUGCAUCCUCCAAGCCACCGACGCCUUCCGGCGAGCAUCCUCCUCGGUUACACCACCCGCCGCAAGUGCUCAAUGACAGCCAUGGCAGAAGAGCUGGACGAUCACCGCAUGCACAGAAUGAAGAUGUGGAUCGUGCGAGGCAGCGAGGAUCACAAACAUCCACACCUCAAGAGAUAUACGACAAUCCGCGGGACAGCGCAUGCAAUUCGCCAGCCGAUGAGCUGCCUACACCUGCACCGCCGUCACGUCGUCCUCUUUCAACCCAGCACGAAUUCACGGGAGCGGAAGAUGCAAGUGGUGUCAUCGCUUUCAAUCCGCAAUCCGUGUUUGCCUACCGUUCGCGAUCUCUCGAACCAAGCGCGCGAGUGAACUCGCCUACAAUGACGGAGUUUUUCAUGUCUCCGAUUCAAGACGAUCCUGGCCAGAACUUUGUUCCUUUCUCGAUGCCAGACGACGUCAACCUGCCGGUCUGGGCAUCAAAUCCGAAUGAUCCAGCAUUGCUCGAUGAUAACUUGAUCAAUGGCGACAUCGAUAUUGUCGGCCCGAUUCAACCCACCAGCAUGGACACAUUCAUCUGGCCUUCACGAUAUCCCUCGCCGCUACUCGACUCACAAGACGAUGGCUCAGGGAUGUGGAACGGAUCGAUGAGUGCGUUGGUCAUGCAGCCUGACUUUCCGAUUGACAGUCCCGAGUCUCUCAUGCGCCGGUACGAUAGACAUACGUGCGGCAUUCUUUCAGUCAUAGACGGUCCGACCGAAAACCCUUGGCGGAACUUGGUAUGGCCUUUGACGCAGUCAUCUCCUGCACUGUAUCAUGCAGUGCUGGCAAUGACUGCAUUUCACGCCUGCACCGACGAGCCUGCACUUCGCCUCGUCGGCCACGAGCACAAACAUCGCAGCAUCCAAAAUAUCCAAAACGGCAUCCGGGAAGACAGCAUGACGCAUCAAGCAGCGAUAGGUACAGCAUUGGCAUUGGGUUUCUGCGAAUCCUGGGAUCAGCACACCGCCACUGGCAACUCGCACAUCAAAGGCGCACAAGCCAUGGUCAAGCGUGCGCUGAGAGACCACACCGUCGACCCUCUUUCUGGCGUGGAGCUGGCACGACUGAAGUUCCUGUGUAACGCAUGGGUCUACAUGGAUGUCGUCGCUCGCCUGACAUCGUUCGACAGCACCGAGUCGAAUGACUUUGAGAACGCAUUCAUCUUUUCGGGCGACUCUCCGGGGAUGAUCUUAGGCAACGAGCAACCUGGCUUUGGCAUCGACUUCGGCAUGCCAAUCGAUGCACGUCUGGAUCCUCUCAUGGGCUGCGCAGGGACGUUAUUUCCAAUUAUUGGCAAAGUCGCAAACCUGAUCCGAAAAGUGUGUCGAUCACAGUUCAAUUCUCCCGGAAUCAUCAGCCAAGCGCGAGAUCUGGUGGAGUCGUUGGAAUCGUGGAGCCCGCCCGAGUACAUCGAACGACCGGAAGACCCAAGCACCGACGUACAGCACGCCCUGCAGACCGCCGAAGCCUACCGAUGGGCCACUCUCCUGCAUCUCCACCAAGCCGUCCGCGAACUUCCAUCCAUGACCACUGCCGAGUUCGCUCAGCGAGCUCUCCAGUACCUCGCCACAGUCCCUCUUUCCAGCCGAACUAUCAACGCUCAAACGUAUCCCAUGAUGGUCGCAGGAUGCGAAGCCUCGGAUCCGGAAGAUCGUGAGUGGGUCAGAGGUAGAUGGGAGGCAAUGGGGGUUCGCAAACGAAUCGGCGUCAUCGAGAAAUGUCUCGCGGUGACGGAGGAAGUUUGGCGUCGCCGAGAUCGAUAUGAGAGCAGACCGCGCGAGCAGCGUCGUCUCGUAGCCACGGCCGAUUUGCGAGCCGCAAGACGAAGAGGCGGACAAGUGGCUCGCCGACCACCGCCGGAUCGUCACAACGCCAGUCCGGGACGCACGGGCAUGGUGUUCAGUUAUGUGGAGAAUGAUACUGAAGGUUCGAAGUCGGGCGGGCCGGACAACCGGAGACCAGGUUCGGGACGGCCGUCCAAGCUGGUCGACAUGAAUGAUCCGGAUAUCGUGGCGUAUACUGUGCGAGGACAUUUACAUUGGGUCGGAGUUAUGUGGGACUGGGGCUGGGAGGUGUUGCUCAGCUGA